AUGGAAACCACGUGUGUCUCUAGUCGCUUUGCCGCGUCUUCAACUCGAUGCCGCCGAGAAGACAACAUCGUUCGCAUUCUCUCGGUGGCACAGGACCAUGAAAUUGGGCGUACAGCAACAGAUGCUCACCUUGACGCUCACGCCGCGAGGAGAGGAGAGGGCAACGAAAAACAGAUGGAACCUCUCGAUAUCAAAACCUGGGCGAUCGAGAUCGAUGACGACCCCUUUGUCGAUAUCCUCCAGUAUCUCGGGGAGGCGUGCGAUUGGAUCGAAGAGGGCUUGAGUUUGGGUCGGAGUGGCGAGGAAGGAGGAGAAGAGGAAGAAGAAGAGCUUGUUGCUGGAAACAGAAACCAGCUUCAGCCCGGUAUCCUUGUCCACUGUAAGCUGGGCGUUUCUCGCUCGGGAGCCUUUGUCGUGGGAUUCUUGAUGCGGAAAUUCAAACUCUCGUACUCGGACGCCCUGACGCUGGCGAGGGAGUCGCGCCCAGAAAUAUGCCCAAACAGCGGGUUUGAAAAGCAGCUUCGCGUGUGGGAAUUUUGCCAGUACAGCGUGUACCUCGACGAGGAUGGCCAGCAGACUACACAGACGGAGCGUCGGAAGAAGCCAUCGUACAAGGCAUGGAUCGCCGAGCGGGAUAACCUGCUGCGUCGGGGAGAGGAGGAUGUCAAUCGAGCGAGGGUUGCGAGUCUGGCGAGCAUGGCGGCGCGGUCUGGGAGGAAGAGACAAGACGAGAUCGCGAACGAGCAAUCACAAGAUGCGAGUGAAAGUGGUGGGAGGGAGAGUGCUCAGCAGAAUCAGCGGAAACUGGGCUGGGAGAGGGUUCAGAAGAUGGAACAAGAUUGGAAUGAGAGGCUGAUUCGAGGCCGGUUCCGCGCUGGAGAUGGCGAUGCUCAAGGACUCGAGGGGUGA